GUCGAGCGGCAAGUCCCACCACAAGUCCCACCACAAGUCGCACAAGUCGAGCUCCAAGUCGACCAACGACAGCGACAACAAGGAGGCCACCGGUAGCUCCUCGUCUUCUGCUUCCUCAUCCUCCAGCACCAGCUCCAUGCCGGCAACGACGACGCCAACACCGGUCUUUCUUCGCAGCCCAACUCGAAGCGCCUCGCUGACUUCAAGAAGCUCGAGGUCGGAAAGUACAAGUACAUCAUUGGCUUCAACGAGAUGGACUUCCACGGCACUGGUUCUUCCGGCAAGAUGAGCGUCGAGUCUGCAGCCAACCUCUGGGACUCGCUCAUGGCCAAGCACAAGAACGCUGGUACCAAGCUCAUCUCGCCCUCGAUGGCCCUCCAGAAGGACGAGACGAUGAUGCAGCCUUUCCUCGACGCCGUCUCGGUCAAGCCCGACUGCAUUGGUGUGCACAUCUUCCAGAACUCCAUCGAGGGCGUCAAGGGUGUCCUCGACCACUACAAGACCAAGUACGCCUCCUACAACUGCCUUUGGAUCACCGAGUUCGCCUACGCCAACUACCAGAACGGCGCUCACAACUACGGCAACGUGGGUGAGACCGACGCGCUCGCCAAGCAGGCUGUCCAGCUCUUCGAGAACGAUGACAUGGUCAAGGCUUACUUCAUCUCGGACGCCGACAACGGUGACAACGGUGCUCUCACCCCCAGCCACAACGGCAAGACGCUCAGCUCCCUCGGCUCGACGUACAAGCAGGCCAUCUCUUCGUCAUCGUCGAAGCGCUCCAACCACGCCCUUCGUCACGUCCGCCGUGCCGCUGCUGCGUCGCGACGAUCCGCGACCCCCGAGGAGCAAUAAACGGCCGUGUGAACGCACCGCCUGCUUCGCUUCUCGCCGUCAAGUCAUCGUAG